AAGACCCUCUGUAGCAGAGAAAGAAAACUGAUGAAUCAUAAAAGCAUCUGGCUUACAGUCUGGUAAUAAAAACGGGCUGGUUCUUGUGCUGCAACACCACGAUGGUGCUGCCCAUAAACUGGUGUGUUAUUUCACCAACUGGGCACACAGUCGGCCAGGCCCCGCCUCGAUCUUGCCCCAUGACCUGGACCCCUUUCUCUGCACCCACCUGAUAUUUGCCUUUGCCUCAAUGAACAACAAUCAGAUUGUUGCUAAGGAUCUCCAGGAUGAGAAAAUUCUCUACCCAGAGUUCAACAAACUAAAGGAGAGGAACAGAGAGCUGAAAACACUACUGUCCAUCGGCGGGUGGAACUUUGGCACCUCAAGAUUCACCACUAUGUUGUCCACAUUUGCCAACCGUGAAAAGUUUAUUGCUUCAGUUAUAUCCCUUCUGAGGACACAUGACUUUGAUGGUCUUGACCUUUUCUUCUUAUAUCCUGGACUAAGAGGCAGCCCCAUGCAUGACCGGUGGACUUUUCUCUUCUUAAUUGAAGAGCUCCUGUUUGCCUUCCGGAAGGAGGCACUGCUCACCAUGCGCCCGAGGCUGCUGCUGUCUGCUGCUGUUUCUGGGGUCCCACACAUCGUCCAAACAUCCUAUGAUGUGCGCUUUCUAGGAAGACUCCUGGAUUUCAUCAAUGUCUUGUCUUACGACUUACAUGGAAGUUGGGAAAGGUUCACAGGACAUAAUAGCCCCCUCUUCUCUCUGCCUGAAGACCCCAAAUCUUCGGCAUAUGCUAUGAAUUAUUGGAGAAAGCUUGGGGCACCCUCAGAGAAGCUCAUCAUGGGGAUCCCCACCUAUGGACGUACCUUUCGCCUCCUCAAAGCUUCUAAGAAUGGGUUGCAGGCCAGAGCGAUCGGACCAGCAUCUCCAGGGAAGUACACCAAGCAAGAAGGCUUCUUGGCUUAUUUUGAGAUUUGUUCUUUUGUCUGGGGAGCGAAGAAGCACUGGAUUGAUUAUCAGUAUGUCCCGUAUGCCAACAAGGGGAAAGAGUGGGUUGGCUAUGACAAUGCCAUCAGCUUCAGUUACAAGGCAUGGUUUAUAAGGCGAGAGCAUUUUGGGGGGGCCAUGGUGUGGACAUUGGACAUGGAUGACGUCAGGGGCACUUUCUGUGGCACUGGCCCUUUUCCCCUUGUCUACGUAUUGAAUGAUAUCCUGGUGCGGGCUGAGUUCAGUUCAACUUCUUUACCACAAUUUUGGCUGUCAUCUGCUGUGAAUUCUUCAAGCACUGACCCUGAAAGGCUGGCUGUGACCACGGCAUGGACCACUGAUAGUAAGAUUUUGCCCCCAGGAGGAGAGGCUGGGGUCACUGAGAUCCACGGAAAGUGUGAAAAUAUGACUAUAACCCCUAGAAGUACAACUGUGACCCCUACAAAGGAAACUGUAUCCCUUGGAAAGCACACUGUAGCUCUAGGAGAGAAGACUGAGAUCACUGGGGCAACGACCAUGACUUCUGUGGGUCAUCAGUCCAUGACCCCUGGAGAGAAGGCCCUGACCCCUGUGGGUCAUCAAUCUGUGACCACUGGACAGAAGACCCUGACCUCUGUGGGUUAUCAGUCUGUGACCCCUGGGGAAAAGACCCUGACCCCUGUGGGUCAUCAGUCUGUGACCCCUGUGAGUCAUCAGUCUGUGAGCCCUGGAGGAACGACUAUGACCCCUGUCCAUUUUCAGACUGAGACCCUUAGACAGAAUACAGUGGCCCCUAGAAGGAAGGCUGUGGCCCGUGAAAAGGUGACUGUCCCCUCCAGAAACAUAUCAGUCACCUCUGAAGGGCAGACUAUGCCUUUAAGAGGGGAGAAUUUGACUUCUGAGGUGGGCACUCACCCCAGGAUGGGUAACUUGGGUCUUCAGAUGGAAGCUGAAAACAGGAUGAUGCUGUCCUCCAGCCCUGUCAUCCAGCUCCCGGAACACACUCCUCUAGCUUUUGACAACCGCUUUGUUCCCAUCUAUGGAAACCAUUCCUCUGUCAACUCAGUAACCCCUCAAACAAGUCCUCUUUCUCUAAAAAAAGAAAUCCCAGAAAACUCUGCUGUGGAUCAAGAAGCCUAAGCCCCUCUGGUGUCAGAAACCAGGGAAAACCCUUGUCUUUUCUUCUAAGUGACAUGUUGGAAGCCUCCUCAUCCCGGGGCAAAGCAGGCAUCAAAACCAAAAUAGGCCAAUCUCUUUUCCAUUAAAUAAACUGUAAACACAAGAACCCA